AGGCUUCUGCUGGUAUUUCUGGUUGACAGUAACACAUGAAGGUGUAUUUAUUCAGCUAAAUGGAUUUUAAAAAAAGAACCGGGAAGCUGGAAUUGUGAAGGCUUAGAACUGUCAUACAGCACUACAGGAUUAUUUCUCACAGUACCGGACGACCUGACGCCAGAGGAGAAGCAGGAACUGGAGAACAUUAGGAGGCGAAAACAGGAGCUGCUGGAGGACAUACAGCGGCUCAAGGAUGAGAUAGCAAAGGUGACGAAUGAGAUCGAAAGUCUUGGCUCCACUCAAGAAAGUGAUGUCAUGUGGCCACAAUGGAAGGUAGUGUGUGGCCCCUUUUACAGGCUGUGGCUUUCUAACAUGACAUGUCACACCACCAUCCAAAAGUGCAUUUGGCUGAGUGGUUAUUAAGGAUGUCAUUAUGAGGCCCUGACAGGCGUAGAAUAAACAUGCAGCGGAGUAAACAGAUGGCUAUGGGACGCAAGAAAUUUAACAUGGAUCCCAAAAAGGGUAUUCAGUUCCUCAUAGAGAAUGAAUUGCUGAAGAACACUUGUGAAGAUAUUGCUCAAUUCCUCUACAAGGGUGAGGGCCUCAACAAGACAGCCAUCGGAGAUUAUCUGGGUGAAAGGGAUGAGUUCAAUAUUCAGGUUCUUCAUGCCUUUGUGGAGCUUCAUGAAUUUACAGACCUCAACCUGGUUCAGGCACUCAGACAGUUUUUAUGGAGUUUCCGGUUACCGGGUGAAGCUCAGAAGAUUGAUCGAAUGAUGGAGGCUUUUGCCCAGCGUUACUGUCAAUGCAAUCCCGGUGUCUUUCAGUCCACAGAUACAUGUUAUGUGCUUUCAUUCGCAAUCAUCAUGUUGAACACAAGUCUGCACAACCCUAAUGUGAAGGACAAGCCAUCUGCAGAGCGAUUCAUAGGCAUGAACAGAGGCAUCAAUGAUGGAGGAGAUCUGCCAGAAGACCUGCUGAGGAACCUUUAUGAGAGCAUUAAGAAUGAGCCCUUCAAGAUACCUGAAGACGACGGCAACGACCUCACGCACACGUUCUUUAACCCUGACCGCGAGGGCUGGCUGCUCAAACUGGGAGGUGGACGGGUCAAGACGUGGAAGAGGAGAUGGUUCAUAUUGACUGACAACUGUCUGUAUUAUUUUGAAUACACCACUGAUAAAGAGCCGAGAGGGAUCAUUCCUCUGGAAAAUCUCAGUAUUAGGGAAGUGGAUGACUCCAAGAAGCCAAACUGCUUUGAACUCUUCAUCCCAGACAACAAGGAUCAGGUCAUCAAAGCCUGUAAGACUGAAGCAGAUGGACGGGUUGUGGAAGGAAACCACACGUUCUACCGCAUCUCAGCACCAACAACAGAGGAGAAAGAGGAGUGGAUGAAAAGCAUCAAGGCUGCCAUAAGCAGAGAUCCUUUCUACGAGAUGCUUGCUGCCAGGAAGAAGAAAGCCUCAUCUCUGAAGAGACAGUAGGGCUGCAUGGAGACCUGCAAAAAGGACGUUUGUACAUGGACCUGGAAAAGAGGCGAUUGAUAAACGGAAGCCAUAACGCUGGAUCGGAGCGAUUUUAAUCUCAGGAAUGACCUGGAGUUUUGAAGGUUAUCGUGCAGUUGGUUUUCUGAGAAGUUGUCUGACAUUUAAUUCUCAUGAACGGACAUUUGAGUACUCGCGUACAUCAUCAUCUCAAAUCAGCAGGUCUGACUGAAUGUGGAUCUCAUUGAGCUUUUGUAAGCUUGCUGCAGACGUGACCAUUCCUCUCUGUGCUUUGAUACAUAAUGCUAAUUGUGCACCUAUUUUUACACUGCUAUGUACUGUAAAUAUCUGGGAGUUAUGGCCUUGUUUUGUUUGAGAUUAUCUAGCUUUGUUUUUCUAUUCGUUUCUGAUCUGCUGUCAUAUUUAUGUUUUUUGUUGUUGUUUUUGGCUAGACAUUUUUCACAUUUUGCCAAAGUUUGUCUUUCCAUAUUAUACUGUCCUAAAAACUGAAGUUGAGUGCUUGGGUGAAUUCAUGAAACGAAUAAUAUUUUUUUUAUUUUGAUGCUGUUUAUUUAGCUUAAACAGUGUUUUAUUUUAAAUAUCAGGACAUUUAUUCACUGAUCUCAGAGGUGGCCUUGAAAGACUGUGAAAUCCAAAAACAUUUCAGUAAGUUUGGUUAAUAUUUAUGGAAAAAAGUCAAAAAUUAAACUACUGAUUUAAGAGUUUAUUUUUUACUAUGAUUUGUAUUUUACCACCUUAAAAGGUUAAAUUAACACCCCCCAAGACAUACUUUUUUUUGGCUUUAUAUGCACUGAUAGUUGAGAGAAAACUCUUAAAUACUAAUUUAUCAAUGCUGUACAUAUUUAAAAUUUUAUUUUUUAUUGUAAAAAUAUACUUUGUGCAAAAGUAAUGGGGUGAAAAAAGGUUUUGAUCUGUUACGUUUAUUUCACUAUUGCUAUGUAAUCUUGUGCUUAAAAUAAAUCUGAAAUGAUUGAGCUUUACAAAUACAAUAACUUUUUUCUUCUAGAGAAAACAAACCCCCCCCCCCACUUACCAGUGCUUUUAAUUUGUGGUUUCUUAAUGAACUUGAAAGUUUCUCCGUAUAUCGACAUUUACUGAAAAUAACCAGGAAAAAAAGUUUUACAGUGGAUGUGACCAAAAAUAAAGGUCAGGCAUCUGUGUUUCACAUCAAAUAACUCACUCAACCAUGACUGUUUAUUCAUGAGCCUUUUUUAUUCUUAAAAACCACUUAAACAUUGACCAAAAAAAAAAAAAGUCUUUAUAUAGUACUUUUUUGGCAGUUUUUUUUAGUUCUUGUGCGUUAGACGACGUGGCUUUAAGGCCUCAUCUCAUCUCAAAGAGCAAGAAACGGUACCAUUCAAAAGUCUCUUCUCUUCCAAACACUGUCAUUCGUGACAUCUGAAUCUAGCUAAAUGUAAGUCACAAAAGAAAAAACAAAAAAGUAAUCUGGUCUCAAUGUGUUAAUAAACCUUAUAAGCAAACGCUCUUACUCCAUGCACACUGGCACCAAAAUUAAAACAUUCUGAGGAAAAGAGUACCACAGUUUUUAUUACAAAACCAACAUCGUUUUGAACUUCUGCAAGGCAGCACUUAAACUGAUGUUGAACUAAUACUACAGAAGUCCCUUUAAAUAAGUGAUUACUCACUCAAACACAAUGAUGCUCAAAUCCAUCCCAGGCGUACUGUAAAGUCAUAUGCUCAUUUUCAGUACUCAUUUUGUUUCUGCCAUGGAACAAAAAGGUCAUUGUGUCAAAAUUGACUUUCAUUCUCAUAUUUCUUACAAUGCAGACGUUUCAGGAAUUUGAAGUUGUGAAUUGUGAGAUAUAAAUUGUGAGAUGUUGCAAUUACCUUUCUUUAAAAAAUUUAAAAUCCUGUGGCGGAAACAAGCUUCCGGCAGUGGAUGUGAAAUAUGGAAAUUUUACACAUGGCUGAGGUAACUUGAAGGUUUCUGAAAUCAACGUAAUAUCAUUGACUUUGUUGAUGAAGUGAACAUUAACGCUGACAUUUUCAACCAAAAAUAAUGUAAACAGUAAAAAAGUACAAUGGAAAUGAAGUAGAAAUGGUAUGGGUUUUUGUUGAACAGCAUCUUAUUAAAGUGACAAAACAACACAAAUGUUUACAGAAAAAACUUAAAUUAACUAAAAUAUGUACACAUAUGUUAGAUGCACUGCAUAUCAAACUGAUGGCCAAAUGUUCAUAUCUGCCAUACUGCUUUCAAAUAUAUAUCACACUGGCAGCAAAUACUGUAUACUGGAUUUGCAUGCAUUCUCUCUUAACAAUGAGGUUGUGAGAAGCAGAAUGAAAUGUUACUGAAUCUAACAUCACUGGAGCUCACUGGGACAGUCAUCUUUAUCGUAGCCAUCUGCAUCUAGCAAUCCAUCAAUAUUUGCAAAUGCCUCUUUUACAAAUCACACAUGUAGUCCCACUUUUCAUCUGAAAAGAAAAACAGGUGAUAUUUAUUAUCAACACAGAGCACACUUUGUAAAAUACACUAGUUUGAGUAAGAUUUAUAAAAAGUUUUUGAAACUUA